ACGUUUUUCCAAGAGACAAUGACUACGCCUGCAAUGAUGGCCUCUGGUCCCGUCACCCCACCACACACGGAGUCGGUUCCCACCACAAUCAAGAUGGAGGACCUCCAGGUGCCAUACACCACACCGUCACCAUCACCAUCAUCGGUGUACACAUCAGAAACAUCAGCACAGACGCCGGCGCCUUCGGCGUCAGAAAGUAAGCCGGUAAAAAAGAGGAAAUCGUGGGGCCAAGUGCUCCCUGAACCAAAGACCAGCCUGCCACCCCGCAAGCGAGCCAAGACCGAAGACGAGAAGGAGCAGCGUCGUAUCGAGCGUGUAAAGCGCAAUCGCCUCGCUGCUCACAACUCUCGUGAACGCAAGCGCCAGGAGACCGAGAACCUUCAACAUCAGAAGGACGCCCUCGAGGCCGAGAUGGCCGCGCUUCGCGCAAAGGCUGCCAGGGUCGAUGAGGUGGAGGCCGAACUCCGGUUCUGGCACUCCAAAUACCCGGGCGAGAAGCCCGAGUCAACAAAUCUGGCCUUCAACUUCACCGACGCCGAGACGAUGAACCCCUCCCAGACCCUGUCGGCGCCGCCAUACUCGCCCAUCUCCAUGGACUCGAUGGACUCCCCCAGGGACUCGUCGUGCCAGCCUGAGACUCCCGCCUCAACUUUCGAGGCCUCUCCCGAUUUUGACUUGACACAAUAUCCUGCUGCGAUGUUGUGCGACCUGCAGUGUCAGUCAACUUCGGGCAAGGCCUCCCCCAUGGCGGCGAUCCUUGCCUAUCUUACUCUCUUCAGUCUCUACAUUCAGUCGAUUCAAAGCCUGGUGUCCUCGACAACCUCUUCGACUUCGACCAGUUCCCUGAAAACUCUCUUUCAGUGGAAUCCAACGUUAGCCUGGCUCACAGCGAUGACUUCUUCGGCACAGCCUUCUUCGGCUCAGGCUCAACUUCAGACUAUUCAGGCCUUCCUGACGGUUUUGAUGCAAAGUUCUCUGACAUGCAGAGUGCCUCUGGCGCACCUUUUGGUUGCGACGGGGCUCUCGCAGCAGACAACUAGCUUCGAGAACGCUAUGAGGCCUGGCAGCACGAAGAGCGAGACUGGGUCCCUCGAUGGCGUCCGAAGUUCACGAUUGAUGAGGUCUCGUAGGCUUGGACAACUAGGUCGGCGUAAGGGUGUA